UAUCAAAACAGUAACGGUGAAUGUGGUUACAUUGCCUGCUUUCAACCUCCGCUUUGGGACAUGGACAGUUUUCUACCACAAGGAGACCAAGAAGAAACCUUUUCAGCUUCCUGAUAAUGACUCUGAUAAAGACGGUUUAUGGGCCAGCUGAGGCAUUAUGAGUGAUCACUAUGAGAAGCCCAAAGUGCUUGAGCAGAUGGAAGCGCACGCUGAGGAGGCUACCGGAAACUUGCCGGUGUGUUCACCAGCAUCCGCGCCUCCUGCUCCAGAAACAGCCGAAAAAACCUGUAGUAAAGUUAAGAGCAAACCAGGAACCGGGAUCGUGAAGCGAAGCCCGGAUCUGCUCGUGAACAAGCCGCGCGCAUGCGCCUCUUCAGACCCUGGUAAGGGCGCGCGCCGGCACGCGCUCCCCGGCAAAGGUUCGGGAAAGCCGGAGACGGCCGCGGUCAUGAGAAAUGCAAGAUCAGUCACUGUAGACACAUCCAAAGCCAAAACGUCUCUGGAGGCGCUCAAGCUCAGCAUCAGACAGCUCAAAUGGAAAGAGUUUCCAAUGGGCAGACGGACAGCGUGUGAUAUUUAUUGGCAUGGCGUCUCCUUCCAUGAUAACGAGAAUAUUGUUUCAGGGCAGGUCAACAAGUUCCCAGGAAUGGUAGAGAUGUUGCGUAAGAUCAACUUAAGUCGUGCGGUGCGCACCAUGCAGCAGCUUUUUCCGGAGGAGUACAACUUCUACCCGCGCUCGUGGAUCCUGCCUGAGGAGUAUCAGCUGUUCUCCACUCAGAUUCGUCUGUUGAAGGACAGUGAAUGCACCAUGAAAACCACAUUCAUUGUCAAACCCGACUCCGGCUCCCAAGGUGACGGCAUCUACCUCAUUCGUGACCCUGCUGACCUCCGGGCCAUCUCAGGAUCACAAGUCAAGCAGGCAGUGGUUCAAGAGUACAUUCAGAAACCACUUCUCAUCGACAAGCUCAAGUUUGACAUUCGCCUUUAUGUCCUUGUUCGUUCUCUGGAUCCUUUAGAAAUCUACAUUGCCAAAGAAGGCCUUUCCAGAUUUUGCACUGAACCCUACCAGGAACCCAGCCAGAAAAACCUCAGUCAUGUGUUCAUGCAUUUAACGAAUUACUCGCUGAACAUUCACAGUGGGAAUUUUGUGCACUCAGACAGCUGCAACACAGGAAGCAAGCGCACGUUUUCCAGUGUCCUUUAUCGUCUCGCCUCCAAAGGAGUGGACAUUAAGAAGGUUUGGUCAGAUAUCAUAGCGCUGGUUAUCAAGACAGUUAUUGCACUUGUUCCUGAAUUGAAGGUCUAUUACCAAGCUGAUAUACCACCAGGCAAACCAGGACCUACUUGUUUCCAGAUCCUGGGCUUUGACAUCCUGUUGAUGAAGAACUUGAAGCCUGUUCUGCUGGAGGUCAACGCCAAUCCAAGCAUGAGGAUCGAACAUGAACAGGAGGUGUCACCUGGUGUUUUUGAGUAUGUACCUAGCCCAGUAGACGAGGAAGUCAAAGUAGGUGUCAUUAGAGAUACACUGCGCCUUAUGGAUCCGGCCCAGAGGAAGUCACCCACCAGAUCAAACCUCCUGGGCAAAACUCCAGAGGAAGCCAUCAUCGUGGAAGCCGGAUCGGACGAGAAGGCAGAGCUCGUCGGAGCACUUCCAUCUCUGUGUCUAAAACAAGUCUUCCCCAAGUACAUGAAGCAGUUCAACUACCUGCGAAUAUUAGAACGAAUUGCCGAUAUUUUCUUGCGCUUCCUCGGGGUCAAAGGAACCAUGAAACUUGGUCCGACCAGCUUCCGCACUUUCAUCAGGAACUGCAAGCUGAGUAACAGCAGUUUCACCAUGGCGUCGGUGGACAUCCUGUACAUCGACAUCACCCGCCGCUGGGCUGGUGCGCUCUCUGACUCCAGAGAAUCCGGAAUGGGACUGCAGGCAUUUGUGGAGGCGUUUUUCUUCUUGGCCUCACGCAGGUUUAAGGCGUCACCACUGAAGGAACAAGUGAUCUCGCUGCUGGAGCUGUGCGAGUCCGCGCUCGAGGGGGAGGGACACGAUGAGAAGCCACGCCCCCCGAAAUCUCACCCCACACUCAAUUCUGCUCAUGUUCCGUGCGCGCUCAACUCCCCCGCUACCACUCGCCGUCUUCAGACACUGCAGCCUUCUGGGAAAGGAAACGUGGAGACCUGGGAGGCUGAACCACGCACCGCUUGUUAAAACAGGAAGCAAUAAUAGAAGAAAAAAAAAACAGACGGGUCACGCUGUCUCACCUUUUUUGCCUUCUCACAUUUGAACGUUUUACGCAUGGCAUCAUAUACACGUGAUUAGAGGAAAAAAAAUUUAAGAUAUGAUGUAAAAAUCAUAUAACUAUUCACUGCACCUGGAAUUGCUUUAUGUGAUAAUCGCAUGUAUGACCCGAGUUAGCUUGUCUACAUGUAUGUGUGUGAAAAUAGCACUGCGUUGCUAACACACGGUGUGUUGAAGCUGAAGGAAGGAAAAGUACGUAUCCCUUUAUCACAGAAUCAGGGACAAGCAGACUCUACAAGGGAUUCAUACCACUGACACUUCAUUCCUGCCAAGCAGCUAACUACGACGUGGCCGACAACUAAUCCAAAACAGCGGCCUUAUGAUGAAAUAAUAGUGUUAAGGCCAUAUUAAGGCACCGAGUGCACUAAACAUUAUACUUCAGCUACUGUGUUUAUAUUUAAUAUUAUUUUCAUGUAAUGGAGUGCUUCACUGUAGUAUGAUUGAGUCAGUUACAUAGCUGGAAAAAAAGUGCAAAUCUUACUGGG